UUUAAAAUCAGUUGACGUAUAUGCACUUCGCUGAGCGUAUUUUUGUAGCCUACCACUACUUAGCGGACGCUAAGGAUACUCAACGUUUACAAGAGCGUUUUCUACCAAAGUUACAUAGUGACCAAACUUAUCAAACUUAUGCGAUUUUAAGGUUUACAUCUCUUUAUUCGUAAUAACAAAAUAUAUAUAUAUAAAAAUGGCUGCUGCUAGAGCUGAUGAACUUCGAAAGUUAAUGAAACUGCAAAAAGCAGCAGGCAGUGUUAAAAAAAUUAAUCAUCCAUUAGCAAAAUAUAAUAAUUUAGAUCAAAUUGUGUGUAUUGUUUGUGAUUUAACUGUUAAAAAUGAAAUUAUGUGGAAUACGCAUUUACAGAGUAGGAAACACAAAGAGAAUGUUGUUAUGUUGAAAACAAAAAGUAGUAAGCAAGCUGUUCCACAAAAUAUUGUACAGAUAAGUAAAAAAGACGACAUCCUUCCAACUAAAAAAGAUGUUCUUCCACCUGAUUUUUUUGACUUAUCAGUGGAAAAAGUUGCAAGUGGAUCAGCAUUACAGAAACCGCUAUCAACUGAAGAACCUGUUUCUCAACUUUCUGUUGCUUCAGAACCUUCCACAAAUGUCAGUUUAGAUUCAUCGGUACCUAAUGAUUUUUUUGAUGAGCAAGAAGAAAAUAAAGUUAAAUUCGAGCUAAAGGAAGAAAAAUCUAAGAGCUCAAAUCGCAAAAGGAAAAUCAGUGGUACAGAAUCUGAAAAGUUACCUGAAGGAUUUUUUGAUGAUCCAAAAAAAGAUGCAAAAGCUCGUAAUGUUGAAUAUAAAGACCCAAAAGAUGAAGAAUGGGAAAAAUUUCAACAGAUAAUUCAAGAGGAAACAAAAGUUUCUGAAGCAAUUCAAGAUGAAGAAGAUGAAGAAGCUGAAAUGAUGAAAGAUAUGCAAGAAUAUAUUAAUUUAAAAUCUUGUUUACUGCGUGUUGACAAAUUAAAAGAUUUAAUGCAAAAGAAGAAAGUUGUAAAUAAGAAAGAAACAAAGGAUAAAUUAGAGAAUGUAAUUAAAAAAGAAGAAAUAUUAUCUGAUAAAACUUUUCCAGAAGACAAUAAUGAUGAAAAUGAACUUCAAAAUCUUUAUAACUGGCGAGCAAAAACACUUUAAUAAUAAAAGUGCGCUAGUGUUGCUUCUUUUAUCUAGAUAAUUAAGCAUGAGUAACAUGACAAACCGAAUAACAUCAUCAAAUCAGCAAACAUUUUAUGCCAUUGGUAAAAAUAUUAGCAAACCAGCAAACAUGUUACAGUUAAAGCAUGUUAUAACAUGAACAUUCAUAAAAAUCCAUCAGCAAUUCAACAACAUUUUGAAUAUAAACAUUGAAAUAACAAAAAACAUGUGUAUUUGUAAUUGUUUUUGCAAAAAUUCGUAA